GCCUCGUCCUGCUACUUAAGAUGGGGGUGCCUCUGUUGAUGUUGGACGCCAUCAAUCACGAUUGUUUACGCAUUGAGCCAAUAUCUCUCUGAUACAUCUCUCUAUUCACCCUCUCAUCAAUCCGAUUCUCCAAAAUGGCGAAACUCGACCAAGUCCGCGCCUCGAACGCCGCGAUCAACUCUCACAAGCCCGAGCUAGUAGCUGUCUUUGUCGGUGCAACCAGUGGCAUCGGCGAAGGUACAGCCAAGGAGCUUGCCAAUACUGUCAAGAAGCCGACGAUUCACCUGAUCGGACGAAACGAGGCCACGGGGUCCAAGAUCCUGGAGGAAUUGAGGGCCGCGAACCCCGAGGGAUCGUUCCACUUCAUCAAGUCCGACGUGUCGCUGCUCAAGAAUGUCGAUAAGGCGUGUGCCGAGAUCAAGGAGAAGGAGGAGUCGAUCGAUCUCUUGUUCAUGAGUACCGGGUAUAUGGGCUUUUCGAAGAAUGAUACACCCGAAGGCCUCGAAAACAACCAUGCCCUCCGCUACUACUCCCGCAUGCGCUUCAUCUACAACCUGCUUCCUCUCCUCCGCGCCUCGAAGGGUCCCGCCCGCGUGAUCUCCGUUCUCGGCGGCGGCCAAGAAGGCUCCAUCUCCGAAGACAACCUCGAUCUGCAGAAGAAGUGGACCUUCAUGGCCUCUCUCACCUACGCCUCGACCAUGAACUCGCUGGCCACCGAGUACCUCGCCGCCCAGAACCCCUCCGUCAGCUUCAUCCACAUGUUCCCCGGUGUCGUGCGCACGCCGCUGAUGAGCAACACCUUCGGAAACCUGGCCGGGUCUGUGAUGGGUUUCUUGUCGACGCCUAUCUCGAUGACGCCGCAGGAGAGCGGGCAAAGGAACCUCUACAUGGCUACUUCGGCGGCGUAUCCGGCGGCGAAGGCGGGGACGGCGACCGGGGUGCCUCUUGUUGGUGGGGCGGAGAUAUCGAACGCGUCGACGGGGAGUGUUGGUGGGGGUUCGUAUAUCUUGAAUUAUGAUGGGAGUGAUGCCACGAAUCGGAAGUUGAUGGAUGGGUAUCGCGAGAAGCAGUUCCCGAGGAAGAUUUGGGAGCAUACGCUGGCGACAUUUGGGAAGGCGUUGGAUCCGGCGGAGUGAUUGGUUUGCUACUUUUGUAUUUGUACUUAUUGCGAUGAUCAAAAUGGGAAAUAUAUAAUAAUAUUCAAAAUGUC